CCCUAUUUUGAUGGCAGUUAUUGCGGAAUCUCAGCCCGUUUUCGGUCUAGUUUGUUUUUACUUUGCAUCAUAGCCUGUGACAAAGAAACAUGAAUUUAUUUUAUACUGUAGGUCCGAUUGUAACAGCUGUAACAUGGCGCUGCUGAUUGACCCGUUUCUGUUAAACACACCUGAAGGCUGGAAAAAACCAUUUGAUUUUAUCGAUCAACACCUAAAGGGGCCGUCAUGCCGAAAGAGCAGCCUCGCUUAAAGGAUAGUGAUCCCCGUGCACCAACAAUCAAGAAUGCUAAAGAUAAAAGCAACAGCACCACCAUGCUGGCAAUUCGUGACGCUAAAGGUGCCAAUGGCUCCAACAGAAUGGGCUCCAGCUGCAGCUCUGAAAAAGACUCUGGGUAUUCUGAGGGCUCUGACUGGCAGCAGACAGAUGCUGAGGACCAAAGUAGCACCAACAGCCAAAGGAGAGGGAUAAAACAUGCUGAGGCUUCACACUCAGGUCAAUCCAAAACACAAGGCAGCAGAAACACUGGAGAUCCUUCUGUGAAGCUUACCAAUCAGGCCCAUCCACCCGUCUAUAUCAUCAAGCCAGCUGUCACCCAGAAAAGAAGUCCGCUGAGCAUUGGUAACAGCAUGAGGAUAAUCAGCCAUGCUGUCUCUCCAAAUAUGAUCAUUCUUGACAAGCAAAGCUUCAUGCCAGCAACACUGCAGCACCUCAAGCCUUUGAAUUCUAGUGUCAAAGGCAAGAAAGCCAAAAAUACCUACCUCCCCAUAUUGAACUCUUACCCUCGCAUUGCUCCACAUCCUACCAAGAAGCCACCUGACAAGUCUACAUCUGACCAGGAAUCCCAAACUCUGAGCAAAAGGGUGUGCACUGAACGUAAGACUGAAGAAACUUCAGUAAGUAGAGGCCUGUCUGAGGAGCGCCAUCACAACCAACUAAAGCCGACAGCUUCAAACUCUGUCCUGUUGAGUUCUCCAUCUAGCAGAAACAGUCUGCCCUCCUCCACCUUUGGGAUUUCUUCCACAGACCUCGGAUCUCCAUCCAUCUCUAGUCUGCAUGCGGUGUCCUCUGACUCUCCUCCUCUUGUUUUCCUCAAAGUCCAAAGAAAAAACUUGCAUUGCUCCAGCAUUCUUUAA